AUGGCUACCUCAAUCAAAAAUGUCGCCCUCCUUGGAGCCACUGGUUCCCUCGGCGCCUACAUCUUCAGAGCUCUCGUUGAUGCAAACUUCACCGUCUUGGUAAUUCAGCGCAAAGAGUCCACCAAGCCAGCUCCCCGUGGUUCUCAGUCUAUCAAAGUCGAUCUCACUAGUAAGGAUGAGCUUGUUGACGCCCUGAAAGGCCAGGACGCUGUCGUCAGUACUUCUCCUAACCCUAGUCUCCUGUCCGAGAAGCCCCUCAUCGAUGCCGCCAUCUCUUCAAACAUCAAGCGCCUCAUCCUCUCGGAGUACUCGACCAACAUCGACAACCCCAAAUGUGCUAUCCUCCCCAUUCUAGCGAACAAGGUCGCCGUCCGCGCAUACGUCAACUCGCUUAUUCCCUCAGCAUCCAGUACCACCACUCGGUCCUCGGUCAACAACGGCCCCCUCUUCGACACGUUGUUCCCAUUCGGUAUCCUGGGCCCCAACUUGAAGACCAAGACUGCCACGUUCCACGACGGGGGAGAGCGAAUCGUCUGCACCAGCCGGCAUAAAGACAUUGCCGCGGCCGUGGCGAAAUCUCUUUCCCCGGAGCACUAUGCCGAAACGGCUAACCAUCCUAUCUACAUCUAUAGCGCUGCGAUCUCAGAGAAAAUUCUCACUGAUGUGGCGGCCAAGGUGACAGGCAUUGACUUUGGGAGCGUGGAGGGCGGGCAGAUCAAGGAUGUUGAUAUCGAGGAGCUCCGAGCGCAGGCGGAUGAGUUAACGAGCAAGGGUGACAAGUCGGCCUGGUUUGAUUAUUAUUAUUCUGUCAUGUAUGGGAAAGGUUAUGGAGGGGAUUUUAGACUGAAGGCAUGGAAUGAGAAGCUGGGCAUUAAGCCAAUGAGUCAGAGCGAACUGGCGGAGUUUGUGGAGGAGAUUGCUAAGGAAAUGAGGGUUCUGUGA